AUGAGCGAGAGGUUCUCAACCAUCGAGGUAGAUGUGAGACCGGCAAAGCGUGGAGAUUUUGAAGGGAAGGUUGUGUGGAUUACGGGUGGGAGCAAGGGAAUCGGAAAGGUCCUUGCUAAACAAUUUGCAAGCUUAGGUGCAAAGCUAAUACUUUCUGCAAGAAAUCUUGCCGAGCUUGAGCAAGUCAAAGCUGAACUUGUUGGUGAACAUUCAUCUUGUGCAGUGGAAAUUCUGCCCCUGGAUUUAUCAUCUGGGGAAGUAUCUCUUGAGGAAGCCGUCCAGAGGGCAGAGUCUUAUUUCUCUGCUGCCGGUGUUGAUUAUAUGGUCCACAAUGCAGCCUAUGAUCCUCAUCCAAUAUCAGCAUUGAGCAUAACUGAAGAAUGUCUUCUGACUACUUUCAAAACAAAUGUUAUUGGUACGAUAACUCUCACUCGGCUUCUUGCACCAUCUAUGUUGAAAAGAGGGAGAGGUCAUUUCAUUGUGAUGAGCAGUGCUGCAGGAAAAUGCCCUGCACCUGGUCAAGCAGGGUACUCUGCCUCUAAAUUUGCUCUGAAUGGAUACUUCCAUACUUUGCGAUCUGAGUUAUGGCAGAAAGGCAUUAAGGUUACUGUUGUUUGUCCUGGACCAGUAGACACAUUGAAAGAUUUUGAACAUGAUGAUUCUGAGAAACCUGUGCCUGUUGAAAGGUGUGUGCAGUUAAUUAUCACGGCAGCAUCUCAUGGACUAAAAGAAGUUUGGAUAUCAAAGCAGCCUGUGCUGUUAGCUAUGUAUCUGGUACAAUACAUGCCAACCGUUGGCUACUGGAUCAUGGACAAGGUUGGUGUUGAUCGUGUUCAACCUUCAGCGAGAAACGAUAAAGCUUCAACUGAGAAGGAGAAAACACCAUAAGCAAUCAGUUAAGGCUACUAUGCCUAUUCUACUGGACUGAUGUUUGUGUUAACUGUUCCAGAGGGGGGAGUGUUUUGCUGCAUGUCAUCUUUUGUUGCUGGUGGUGUAAAUAACCAGGCUACUUUUUUUAGUAAUAGCUUGACAUGUGGAACAAUGUCAUGUGAUCAAAUGUUAAACAGUACACAGUCUAGAGUUGGGGAUGUAAUAAUGUUUUUUUUGUGUGUGUGUAAACAACCACCUUUUGAGGAAUCAGUUGAAGCAGAGUUGAAAGUUUUUUGUAAA